AUGAGUAUAGCUGCAUAUGCGUAUGAAGCUGACAGAGCUAAACGUUUAUAUUUUGGUCAAUACUCUCUCACACUUACUGACAAAUAUAUUGUUAUCACUGAUGGAAAUACUGAGAAAUACAUAACAUGGAAGGACUAUGAAAAGUUUGACCCUAUUUUAACUCCAUGUACUAUGCCGUUUAUAAAGGACGGUGAAAUUAUUGAAAAAGAUAAUACAACCGUAUAUAGGUCUGUUUAUGAAGCAUUAGAAUAUAUGUUGAAUCAUAACCCAAAAAGAUUUGACCCAAGCACUACACCAUGUGCAAUGCCUUUUAUUAAGGACGGUGAAAUCGUAAGAGUUCCGGAUUCAACGGUUUACACAGCUGUUCAAAACAGUUUACAAAACAUUUUAGCGAAUAUCUUUAAUUCAGAAACUACAGAAAUAAAAUUACCGUAUAUAACAGAUGCUAAAGAAAUUAAAUCAAAAACGACAACAUUAUUUACGUCACUUAAUGAUUUAAUGACUUAUAUCAUUAAUACUCCUUCUCCGACUACGGCAUUUGAUCCAAACACAACGGUUUGCAGUGUUCCUUUCAUAAACGAUAACUCAGUAAUUGAGUUAAGGGAGUCAGUAGUUAAUGAAUCAUUAAAGGCGUCAUUAAUGAAAAUCAUUGAUUUUAACUCAUUCACGAAUACAUAUAAUUCAUUCAUUAAUGUUUCAUACACUUCUAAAGAAGGUGAGCCAAAAACUAUUGAUAAAGCGGUGUAUGAAAUAAAAGCAUCAACGACGAAAUUGAAUUCGUUAACUUUUGACAGUGAUAGUUUCGUUAACAGCAUAACAUCAGGGAAAACAAUUUUAACGAAAGAAUAUUUAAAAUCUCAUGUUAGUGAGUUCGUUGAAAUUGAAAAAGAAGGUGGAAUUAAGUUUGAUCCACUGAAUUUCAUUUUCAGCUUAGCGAAUGCGGGCAUUAGUUCUGCGGAAUGGACAACAAUACAGAGUGAAAUAAAUGCAAUAUGGACGUUUUUGGGGUCAAAAGCGGGAAUGAGUGAGCUUGUAAAUGCUGCAAGAACAUUAGGUGAAACAGGAAAUUUUGUUGAUGGUUUUAAAAGACUUGUUUCAAAUGUUUUAACAAACACAAAGAAAUUAUUUAGAUAUACCGUACAUAACGGACGGAUUUUCGAACAGAUAGCAACAAACCAUCCGGUUAUGGCUGCGUUGAUGAUGGCUAGAGAUAUAAAACCACGUAACGACGGGAACGAAGAACAUGAACAACAGGAUACUGGUCGGGUUAUUCGAGACAUUAAAAACGUGUAUCCUGAAGUUAUUGAUUUAUUUAGAGGAGUUAAUGAUUCAAUUUCAAAACAUUCUAUAACCCUCGAUGAAGGGAAUAAAUUAACAGAUUAUAUAUUCGUCAUUAUUGCAGAAUUAAUGAAGAGAAUAAAUGAAAAAGGAAUUGGUGAUAUCAUUAAUGUCAGCGAUGUAAUGAUGAAAAGAAAUUUUGACUCAUUAUUUACAAAACCGAAAACAGAAUAUAGUCUUUAUGACGUAAUUACCGAAUUAAUGAAAAAGAUUAAUGAUAAUAAGAGUUCUGGUGGAAGAGUUGAAUUAGAAGUGAAUGAUGUUAAUGAGAAAUUAGCCGAAAAAGCAGACAAAAAUGAGCUUUUAGCUCUGAGUGAUAAAGUCAAGAACCACGUUCAUUAUAUAACUUCAGACGAACAGAUUAUAACGGACUACCAUGGAUAUUUAACACGAAGUGAUGAAGUGAAGACGGAAGACCCCAAUGAAAGAAGAUAUAAAUACAUUCGUGCUAAAGGUUAUGACAUAAGCUGUACUGUACAGUAUGAUGUAGCUAAAGCACCAGAAGCAUUUGGUUAUAACGAUGAAAUUUAUGCCUCUACUUUCAAUGUUAACGGUGUAUUAGUUGAACCAAGAUUUACUUUGAGAGUUAAGGCAAAAAUAACUUUUGAAAAUGCUAUUAAAAGUAAAGCUGACAAAGUUGAACUUGAAGCAACGAACAAAGUUUUGAUAUCUCAUAAACACAACAUCUCCGAUAUAAAUGAACUUCAAGCUACAUUAAAUAGUAAAGCUGACAAAGAACAUACACAUAAAUCCUUCACUACUGUUAGAGCAGACGACAUAAUAUUGAACUUUGACCUUGGUUCAAGUGCACCAUUAGAAAAUCCAAGUACAAGCGUAAAAGAUA